CUUCGUUGAUGAGGAGAGUCGUUAUGACGGUGACGAGGAUGACUUGUCAACCAGCAACGAAGAAGAGCCUUCUGAUGCUGAGGAGCAAUCGUCUACAGCCGACAAGGAGGAGCUUCCCGGAGACGGCGAGGAAUCAUCCACCAGUGACAAGGAAUACAUUCCAGACAUAGAAGUCGAUAUCCCCAAGACGGCGACGAUGAAGCCGAGACAACUUCCGACAGUGGAAGCGAGACAGACGGUGCAGAAAGGACCCGCCGAGCGCAAGCCCGCAUGUGUGUGGACGAGGAGCCCUCACGAGAGGAUAAGGAGCGGACGCGGAUCGCCCGUCGGUUGGAACAUGCGGAAGAGUGCGAGGAUGAGACGAGCUCGCAAGCGUCGGACGAAGUCAAUGGGCGAGAGCGUCAUUUUUACCUGUCAAACUCUGAGCGCAGCUACGACUCUUGGAAUGGCCAAUCGAAGCACGGCUUCUACGUCAAUACGGCUGUGCGGGACAUACAAAAAUCUCGGGAGAUAUCAAAAUGGCGGUUCCGUCGUGCUCGUCAGCUGGAUCCCGACUUUGAUGGGCGCGACGACCUUGAAGAUGUAUGGCUCCGCGCCUGUAAGGAAAGUGACGAGGUGUUCGGGUAUGAAAUGACCGGGCGGGCACACGGCGACUCAUAUGUUACCGAUAAUGGGAAAGGCGGUCUCCCUGGUUCAAAAGAGGGAGAGGGGAAGCCGGAAAGAAACCGGGAAGUCGACGGCAAGGGUGUGAACGAGAAGAACAAGAAGACCCGGGAAAAGGACGAGGGACAGGGAUCACAUCGUCGCUCUCAAAAGGAUUAUAUCACUGAUGACGGUUUGGGAGCAAGCAAUCGAAACGAAGAGUGGCACGAAUUGCACUCCGAACACGAAGAUGUCGUUGGUCAAGACGGCAACAACCGGCACGGCUCCGUCAACCGAGGGGAUGAAGACUCACUGCACGCGCCCCAGGGCACUUACGAUGAAGGCGAAGGAUACCCGCACGAAGGUGACCCGGAGGCAUACGAGGCCGAAUCCGCGGACUUAGAGGAUUCGCCACAUCUCGCCGUCUGGGGUGCAAAGUUGGACGAGGAAGGUCGGCCAUAUAUUGAGAUCGACGAUGAUGAGGAUGACGACGAAGACCAAAGCGAGGAAAAUGAAGGCGAGGGUGGUGACGAAGAAGAGCGCUCGCAACACACAGGUCCGCAGGGUGAAGGAGAACCGCAAGCAAUCGAUGUAGACGACGUUGACGUGCAGGCCGGUGAGCUGCAGGGUUCUAUCGGUGUCACAACGGCCGCUGCUUCAGACUCCUCAGUUCAAAUAAAGCCUGAGCCAGUCUCGGCGCGCAUCAAUCAGCAGUCGGGCCCUUCCACUGGGCCGCGCUUGGAUCCAACGAAACGCCGUGUCUACCUCGGCGAAGACGGCCUACCAAUCAUUCAUGGCGCCACGGACAAAGAAGUUCGCGCAAUCUUGCGUUCACUGACGGAUCGCGUCGAUGCAUUCCAGAAGCACGAUCACACGAUGGAUGUCAUGGAGCUCGUUAUCGAUGCGAACGACAAAACCCUCAAAGACAUGGCCAAGCGGCUCGCCAACAUGCAGCGCGGGCGCCGUGCAAUCGAACGCCACUUCAUGGAACAAAUGAAGAAGACUCCGAGCCUUUGGGACGGAUCGAUGUCCUGGAUGCCACCAGAAGAAGGAGAGGGGGCAGCGCAUGCGGACCAGGACAUCAGAAUGGAUGGCUCCUCACAGCAGCCAAAUGAUGAGGAGGCACGCCAAUCACCGGACAACAUUGAGAGACCAGCAUCUCCGGUGCAGCAUCUCAAGCGAAAGAGGCGAAGUUUGUACUCAUCUGAGUGGGUGCGACGAGCAGCCAUCAGGGAUGGAUUUGUGCCAGACGACGAUCCAUCCAUCGAGGACCGGGAGCAGCUCAGAGAAAAAGCGGGCAUGCCAGCGUUCAUGCAGCCGCCUGUCUGGGCAUUGCCGGAGCACUCCGGCAGCGCUGACUUCAUGAAUGUAGAGCCUCGAGCAGCUGAUCAGUCAUUCGAGCAAACGCACAAGCGCAGUCGCUCGGGAGGACUAAGUCCUGAACCUCGCGUCCCCAAGAGAAUGAAAAAUGACUCAGGAGUCUCGCAUAUGGAGCCAACGUUCACCAAUCAGGAUGUAGAUGUAGACAUGCAGCCAGCUGCCGAAAUAUCACUACAGAAUCAACAAGGUGACCAGGCAGAGGAAGAACGUGUCGCAUCACGCCUGCCCGCCGAAAAAGCAGCAGGCGAUGCUGAUCCCUCACGUGUGGAACCCUUGUCCGGUGAUGAUGAUGCGGAGAUGCAACUUGCUAUUCAGUUGUCCUUGCAGGACCAAGUGGGGAAUCCGUCUGGUGGAAAUGGUUCCACGUCACGAUCAGUGGAGAAGAUGAGAGCAGAUGCAGUUCCCCCUCACCCAGAGGUGUACUCGAGCGGCGAAGAUGCAGAUAUGCAAGCCGCCAUCAGGUUGUCACUUCAGGAGCAGCACUCUGGAGAAGCGCUGCCUGGGAUCCGCUUGGCCAAAGAAUCAGGCGCACGUCCCUUCGGCACCGAGGCAUACUCAGAUCAAGAAGACGCAGACUACCAGGCAGCCAUCAGGCUGUCAUUGCAGGAACUAGAGCACAACUACUCUGUAGGAGAGAGCUCCAGAUUGCACCGCGCGCUGCCGAUAAGGACUGAUGCGAGCUCCUCGCGUUUGGAGCCAGAUCUGGACAAGAAGGCUCUGCGGAUAUGGCGCGAGAAACACGGCAAAGAUGCGGAACCGACACUUGCUGAGGCGGUGAGCAUUGAGCGUGCGGUAAUGCAGGGCGUGUCACCCGAGAAUGCCGUGGAACACGUUGGCGUAGCUCCUACUGCGCCUGCGGAGGUUGCUGUAGGUGCAGAGCUGCACAAAUCACCGGUCGCUCAUAGAAGCGAGCGGUUCAUGCGGUGGGUGGAGGAGGAGAUGGAGGAGAAGAGCUUGGAAGAUUUUUUGAUCUAUUGGGAAGCACUUUUCGAUAUCACAGAAGAGGAAAGGACACUUGUAACAACCAAGCAGACUGCUACUAUGGCAGACUCGUCUAAUGAGAAUGCAGCGGUGAAGAUGAGAGAGAUCAUCGCAGAGAAGAGAUCAAAUGCGGUAUCAGGCAAAGGGAGCGUGGGAGUCAGCGGGUAGGCGAGGUCACGGCAAAUGAUCAAGAGGAAGAAGAACAGGAGCAACGCGUAACGGACAGGGCCGAUAUGUCCGUAGAGGGCGAGAAGACAAGUUAUCUCAUCCAG